AUGUCAUUCUUCAAAAAGCUCGGCGCCGAAUUCGAGUCCUUCUUGGGCGACAAGGACGAGAAGAAAGAAAAGAAAGAAGACAAGCACAGCGAGGCCACCCGCGGCGUCGACCAAUACGGAUACCCCGCGCAGCAGGCACCCUCAUAUAGCGCACCCCCCGCCCACAACCCCUACGGCGCUCCUCCUCCGCACUCAGGGUACGGCGCCCCUCCCAUGCCCGGCUACGGCCAGGCUCCUCCCCCGCCCCAGCAGUACUACGACCAGAGCCAGGGCCACGCCGCCCCGUCAUACGGCCACGACGGUCAGGCCUACUAUGCGCCGCCCCCGUUCCCGCCCCCAGUGCCGGGACCGUCGCAGUGCCCGCCGGGAUUCGUCGCAAGGUUCGAUGAGAACUAUAAGACGUGGUACUAUGUAAAUGAGCACACUAGGGUAUCGCAAUGGCACCACCCCAGUGUCGGCGCUGGCGUCAUCUCAGGUGACCGCGGAGUAGAAGGCCACGGAGUACCCCACGGCUACUACGCCGCGCCCCCGCACGACCCGCACAGCGGCGGGCAUGGGUACGACUCACAUAGCGGUGGGCACGGGUACGACUCACAUGGCGGCCACGGCUACGACGGCCACUACGAGGAGCACAAGGAGAAGAAGGAAAAGAAGGAUAAGAAGAAGGAUAGUGGGAACACGGAUAUGCUGGUUGCUGGUGCGGCGGGUCUGGUUAUUGGUGGUGCGGCGGGUGCGCUGAUUGCGCAUGAGAUGACGGAGGACGAUAACGAGGAGGCUGCUGAGAGGGCUGCUGAGGCGGUUGAGGAGGCGCAGGAGGAAUCUUCGUCGGAUGAGGAGGAGGAGGAUUGA